GUAGACCUAAAGGAGAUGGUGUGUGCAAGAUACUCUAUUCAUGGUAUAAAGGCUCAAAUGUUCUAUGUACGCAACAGUCAGGUGAAUAAUUAUGCACUUGGCUUCAGCGUACGUAUACCAGCCGACAUUAACAGUCUCAAUUUUACGUGGGAGUCAUCAGACACACCACAGGUGUCAUACAAGAUAGCUUUGUUCACACACAACGCAAGUAUCUUAAAAACACCACAAUUAAGCAUUCCUCUCGAAGGCAAGAUACCCAAAACAAAAUCAGAAUUUGAAGUCUUUCUGAAGUGUGUGCGUUCUGGCAAUGUGAAUUUCCUCAUGCAAGUAAACUUAACAUACACAGAUACCAACAAUGUUACAUCUUUGAAUUUUAAACGCGAAAAAAAUUGUAGAAUAGGGAAUAGCAGCUCAGUAGGUGGCCUAGGCACUGAUGAUAAUGAUGACCCGUCACACGACGACAGUAAUCUGACCACUACUAAAGUGUUCUACAUUUCUGUCGGCGUCGUUUCCAGUUUCAUUCUCCUGUUUGUGUUCCUUGUCGCAUUUAUUGCGCUUCGAUCCAUUGUCAGAAAUCAACAUUAUCCACCGAUGAAUUCUUACACCACAUGUACAUCCAGCAGUGCAGGUGUUUUGAACAACUCUGUCAACAGUGUUUACUCAAAGCCACUGACAAAUGGUGGAAUACCAAAUGGAUCAGUAUGUGCUGGGAGUGUUCAUAGCUAUAUGCCUGUACCGCAGGAACCAAUGGAGAACAUCAAGAACCGAUUACGUCCCAUUGCUGUCGAUAAAACACAGAUCACCAUUGGGACCAUGCUGCUUGAGGGGACGUUUGGACGUGUGUACCAAGGAAUUUACCAAACUUGGAAUGAAGAGGAGGAGAAGAUAGAAAAAGAGGUGUUUAUUAAAACAGUAACAGAUCAAGCAUCUGAUGAGCAAAGAAAUUUGUUAAUAAAAGAAAGCUGUAUGCUGAAGGGCUUAAGCCACAAGAACAUCCUUCCAAUCCUAUGCGUGGCCCUGCAGGACGAGGCUGCUCCUAUGAUCAUGUUCUCAUUCAUGGGGUUAGGAAACCUGAAACAAUUUUUGAGAAACGGCAGAAUAGGGCCAGGGGAUACUCAUCAGGCGAUAUCCACCAGAGACUUAGUAUACCUAGCUAUUCAAAUUACGCAUGCAUUGAUGUACCUGAGCAAGAAAAAAGUCAUUCACAAAGACCUAGCAACAAGGAAUUGUGUAAUUGACGAACAUUAUAACUUGAAAGUAACAGACAAUGCACUUGCUAGAGACCUGUUCCCGGGGGACUACCAUUGCCUGGGAGACAACGAGAACAGGCCUGUAAAAUGGAUGGCAAUUGAGAGUAUAAUUCAUAGGAGUUUCACCCCUGCAAGUGAUGUGUGGGCAUUUGGAGUGACAUUAUGGGAGCUAAUGACGCUUGGCCAGACACCUUACAUCGACGUUGAUCCUUUUGAGAUGACAGCGUAUCUAAAGGCUGGUUACCGCAUGGCGCAACCACCAAACUGCCCAGAUGAACUAUUUUCGUUGAUGGCUUAUUGCUGGGCACUUCUUCCCCAAGAUAGACCGAUGUUUACUCAACUCUGCUCUAUUCUUCGGUUUUCAUUCCCAGUAUUGGCCACAGAGAACUUACAGACAUUGGAUAUAGUUUUCUUUUCACAUACACCUCUCAUUAUCGGCGGACAGCGUACUGAAAUUCGUGGAUAUACAAUAAAAGCGGACAGGUCCGAAGACAUAUCGCUAGGUGUCUUGAAUGAAGACCGAGACCUCAGGAACGUCACGUGGGCUGAUAGCGGCACUACACUCUCAACUGAUACAGUUUUCCCACAGGGAAGCACAUGUUAUUCGAGAAAGCGUGGCGAUUUCGAUUAUCUUGCCGUACAAAUUCCACCGGGUUAUCCAGCUGUUUUUUCAUAUAAAGCAAAGAAAAACGGCAUCAUGUCACGAGCCGCAAUCGUUAUUAUGUCAUCAACUGGUAAGGAAAACAUUCCGCCUUUUAACAAACCACAAAACUGA